CACACACGACCGGUUUGUCACGUUUGAAAUCAAAACGCUUAACGCGCGCGCGUGUGUGUGCGUGUGUUUGUGCGCGUGCGUGUUGGCAUAUAAAUGCAUGUGCACUAAAGAGGAUGAAGAACAAGCAAAGCAGCGCUCCAGUGAGUGGGAGGAGACGUUUGUGGUCAUGGCAAUCCUACCUGAACCAGCAGAAUGCUGAAGCUGCCCCGCUGGCGCUCUUCACCCGGUCUCAGGGAUUUCCCACAAGGAGAAGCGCUUUUAAAGUUGGCAUGAAGCUUGAGGGAAUCGACCCGUUGCAUCCAAACAUGUUCUGCGUGAUGACUGUCGCUGAGGUGAUCGGCUGUCGUCUGCGCGUGCACUUUGACGGCUACUCGGAGUGCCACGAUUUCUGGCUCAACAGCGACUCGGCCGACAUCCGCCCGGCGGGCUGGUGUCGCGCCAACCGACGAGGGCUCCACCCGCCCAAAGGGUGCAGCGAGGAGGACUUUGAUUGGUCGCGGUAUCUGCAGUCCACCGGAGCUCAGGCCGCACCCCCGAGCCUCUUCGCUAGUCGCGCGGCCUCGUGCGGCUUCCAAGUCGGCAUGAAGUUGGAGGCGGUGGAUAGGAAAAACCCGGGCCUGGUCUGCGUGGCGUCUGUGGCCGACGUCGUGGACGAUCGCAUCCUGGUGCAUUUUGACAACUGGGACCGCUCGUACGACUACUGGUGCGAGAGCGGCAGUCCUUUGAUUCAUCCCGUCGGCUGGUGCGAAGAACACGGACGACCUUUGACCGCGCCCCACGCUCACCCCGACCCUGAGAACUUCACCUGGGAGGAGUACCUGCGAGAGAGCGCUUGCAAAGCGGCUCCCGGGUCAGCUUUCGCGACGAGCGCGCCGCGCGGUUUUCGGAUCGACCAGAGGCUGGAGGCGGUUGAUAAGAGGAACCCCGUGCUGAUUCGAGUCGCCACCAUAACGGCAACGGAAGACUACAGAGUCAAGGUGCACUAUGACGGCUGGUCUCAUCACUUCGACGUGUGGUGCGACGGCGACCUCGCCGACCUGCAUCCGGUCGGCUGGUGUCAGCGCACGGGUCAUCCGCUGGAGGCGCCGCCAGAGUGGUGCGGCUCCCCCUCCCGCUCUCAGGAUGCGUGUCCCACAUCGGGCUGCCGAGGAGCGGGACACAUCAAAGGACCCAAAUACGGCGGACACCACAGUGCCUUCGGCUGUCCAUACUCGGACAUGAAUAUGCGGAAGGAGCCGCUGCUUCCCGAUCGGCUCGGAGGAGUCGCCGCGCACGGCCCCGGCCACCGGUCACUCGGCAGGGACAGCGCUGAGGUGAAAAUGGAGGCUCCGAACGCUCCGCUGCCUCCCGCGGUGAAAAGAAGAAGAAUGGCCGACAGGUCAGACGCGCCGCGCCCGUUGCGACGUGACGCUUUGCGUGGCGUGAAACGUAAGAGUACCCGCUGUGCCGCCAGGGACAGCGCUGAGGUGAAAAUGGAGGCUCCGAACGCUCCGCUGCCUCCCGCGGUGAAAAGAAGAAGAAUGGCCGACAGGCCGCUCCGGAAGCCCCCCGCGUUGCUGCCGGUCAAAGUGGAAGACGAGAAGCCUCGCGGUCAAGCCCGCGCUCUAGAGCUCCUUCGUCCGCCCGCCUGCGACCGGUCGCCGAGUUGGGAGCGACACCGCAAACUGCUGCCGGGGGUCACCCGAGCGCACGCCGACGCCGUCCGCCGCUGGAGCGUGCGGCAGGUGUGCGCGUUUGUGGAGUCGCUCCGCGGUUGCGAGGACCUGGCUCAACGGUUCGGCGACGAGCAAAUCGACGGGAGGGCCUUCCUUCUGCUCACUCAGCGGGACAUCGUCCGAAUCAUGUCCAUCAAACUGGGUCCCGCCCUCAAGAUUUACAACUCCAUCUUGAUGCUUAAACACGAGGAAUGUUUCAAGGAAGACAACGCCUCAUCGCAUCACGCCGGCGAAAAACGGUCACGGGACGAAGAAAAGAACCCAUCGGCGACUGAAGACGACAACCGAGCGCGUGACGCCGACGGGGGCGAAGAGAAGAAUCGCGCGCGAGGAGAAAACGUGACCCGAUCGCGCGCCUCGGACGAGAAGCGGUCGCGCGAUGAAGACCGGGCCCACUCGUCGCACGACGAAGAGAAGCGGCGAGCGGGCGGCCGGCGCACGGACACCGGCGACAGCUCCUUGGUGGGGAAGACAAAGCCGUGUCCAAACAUCAAGCCGGAAAAGACGUUGCCGUUGAGCCGCUAUUAGCUUGAUGAUCGCACGCUAGCCCGUAGCAAACAUUUUGCGGCGGGAGCGCCUUCAUCUCAGCGGCCGCUUCGGUUGCCUUUUCAUCGGGAGGACAUCCCGCGGCCGCGGGACGACGUCCGAGCGGAUGUUGAUCAUCUUGCUCCGUGUCGCGCGCUGAAGAGCGACGUUUCCGUUCGCCGCCCGCUUCGCUGACGUCGGGAGAUCAUUGCUGCUUUCUGUCUGCCAACGCCUCCGCUCAGGGAGACCGAGUCGGCGUCCGAUGAGCUCGCCGCAUCCAAAAUGCCGUCGACUCGGCUCGGCUCGUCUCAUCAGCGGGCCACUUUGAACGGCGCUGUCCAAACUUUCCUUCAAUAAAGUUUCCUGCUUGAGAGC